UAAGGACACGCCAUCGUUUGGACGCCGUCCUUUCUGCUGACACUGUACUUUGAUGCACUGUGAAAAAGAUAUAAUGCUCCAAGAGGGGUAGGAGGGCAGGUCUUAUAUAUGAGUUCAAGACUUUCGGAGAGUGCAGAGGCGAGGCAAGUAGGAAUAUAGCCAAGCUAGAUAUUAUUAUCCCAGCUCCCAUAGGUCGAAGCAGGCCAUGGCGGUUCGCUUUCUGCAUUCUCUCGCUUCUUCUUCUGCCUCUGCUUCCAGACGUUGUUUGGGGCUACAUCGUCGGUGGGUCAGAGGUAUAAGUGGAGUUCACGAAUCUGCUGCUGUUGCAGCUACAGCUGAGGAGCCUAUUACCCCACCUGUUCAAGUAGAUCACACUCAGCUUCUGAUUGAUGGGCAAUUUGUUGAUGCUGCUUCUGGAAAAACUUUCCGAACUUUCGAUCCUAGGACAGGAAAUACAAUUGCCAACGUUGCUGAAGGUGACAGCGAAGAUGUGGAUCGUGCUGUCUCCGCUGCCAGGAGGGCCUUUGAUGAGGGACCAUGGCCGAAGAUGACAGCUUAUGAAAGAUCACGCAUAAUUCUGCGUUUUGCUGAUUUACUGGAAAAGCACAAUGAUGAAGUUGCAGCACUUGAAACAUGGAAUAACGGAAAGCCUUACGAGCAGGCUGCAAAUGUUGAAGUUCCUAUGGUGACGCGUAUAUUUCGAUAUUAUGCUGGUUGGGCAGACAAAAUUCAUGGUCUCACGGUUCCAUCUGAUGGACCCCACCAUGUCCAGACCUUGCAUGAGCCCAUUGGAGUGGCAGGCCAAAUUAUUCCUUGGAAUUUCCCUCUUCUUAUAUAUUCAUGGAAGGUUGGCCCUGCUUUAGCUUGUGGUAAUACGGUUGUUCUCAAAACUGCAGAGCAGACACCUCUCUCUGCCCUCUUUGUCUCAAAGCUAUUUCAUGAGGCUGGACUUCCUCCUGGUGUUCUAAAUAUUAUAUCUGGCUAUGGUCCCACCGCUGGUGCAGCUCUAUGUAGCCACAUGGGUGUUGACAAGCUUGCUUUCACAGGAUCCAGUGGCACCGGUAAGCUAGUACUGGGACUGUCUGCACAAAGUAAUUUGAAGCCAGUGACUCUGGAGCUGGGUGGAAAAUCUCCCUUCAUUGUAUGCAAGGAUGCUAACGUCGAUGAGGCUGUUGAGACUGCACAUACUGCUUUAUUCUUUAAUCAGGGUCAAUGUUGUUGUGCCGGUUCUCGUACAUUUGUACAUGAAAGCAUAUAUGAUGAGUUUGUUGAAAAAGCAAAAGCCCGUGCCCUCAAACGUAUUGUUGGAGAUCCUUUUAAAAGGGGGGUUGAGCAAGGUCCACAGAUUGAUUCAACACAAUUCGAGAAGAUCCUCAAGUACAUUAAAUCAGGCAUUGACAGCGGAGCUACUCUUGAAUCUGGCGGUCAAAAAAUUGGAUCAAAAGGUUACUACAUCCAACCUACUGUUUUUUCAAAUGUCCAGGACAACAUGUUGAUAGCAAAAGAUGAAAUCUUCGGACCAGUGCAGACUAUCUUGAAGUUCAAGGAUCUUGAUGAGGUAAUUAAGAGAGCAAAUGCAACAUCCUAUGGACUGGCUGCUGGAGUUUUUACUCAGAAUUUGGACACUGCCAACACAUUGAUGCGUGCAUUGCGAGUUGGAACAGUAUGGAUAAACUGCUACGAUGUAUUUGAUGCAGCAAUACCUUUUGGUGGGUAUAAGAUGAGUGGGCAAGGCAGGGUAAGGGGAAUCUAUAGCCUUAGCAAUUACCUGCAAAUCAAGGCUGCUGUCACUCCUCUGAAAAAUCCAGCCUGGUUGUAGUUUUUUAGUAACUUAAUAUUUAUGUUCACGAUGUCCUGUCUGUGAAGGAACCUACGAACGAGGUUAUGAAUGGUAAAUCAAGAAAAUGGUACAAUAAUUUCACACUUAAAGCGGUUUAAGAAUGUUUUCUCUGUUCA